AAGAUGCAGCUCUAGUAACAAAAGGAAACAAAAAGAAGAGGAAAAGCUUCCAUGUGGGGAAAUAACAUUUAAUCAACAUAACGUUCGAAGAGGACAAAGUAGUUGGGGAAAGCGGGGAGACACGCCACUGAAGAGGAGGAGGAGGAAGAGAAGAAAAAGAGAAGCUUGGCUGGGUUAGAAGCCGAGGAAAAGGAGCUCUGGAAAGGAAAACUAACACCAGGAGUUACCAGGAGAAGCGGGACAAAGACGAGAUUUGGAAGAUUUGAAACCCAUCUUCAGGAUGUCGGUGUCCCGGAGGUGUUUGUGCUGUGUCAAAUAUCUGAUGUUUGUCUUCAACCUCAUCUUCUGGCUAGGAGGAUGCGGCCUGUUUGGCAUCGGCGUGUGGCUGUCCUUCACCCAGGCCGAGUUCUCGUCCCUCCCCCUGUCCUUUCCAUCGCUCUCCGCCGCCAAUCUGCUGCUGGUCGCUGGCGGCAUCACCAUGGUGACGGGCUUCCUGGGAUGUCUGGGAGCUCUCAAGGAGCAGCGCUGCCUGCUGUUCAUGUUCUUCGUGAUCCUGCUGCUCCUGGUCCUGACAGAAGUCACGCUCGUGUUGGUGAUACACAUCUUCCAUGACAAGCUGGAUUCCAAAGCACAAGGCGAAUUAAAGGAAGGGAUGACGAUGUAUGAAUCAGAACCUGGACUGAAACAAUCCUGGGACAAUGUCCAGAAGAUGUUCAAAUGCUGUGGAGUGACCAACAAAACGGACUGGUACGCUGUGCUGAAUGGAACGCUGCCCUCGUCCUGCUGCUCCGUGGGGACAAAGCAGUGUGUGGACGGGUGGACGGAGCCCUGUUAUCAGAAGGCCAGGCAGUGGCUGCUGGACAACAUCUCGUCAGUGCUGGUGUUUGGAGGCUGCAUUGGUGUUGUGCAGAUCCUGGCCCUGCUGUUCUCCAUGCUGAUGUACUGUCAGAUUCUGUGUGCGGAGAAGCACGUGGACUGACUGCAGACCAGCUGGCCCUGGCUCCCAUGGGAGGGCUGAUCCCAGACUCCUCUGGGAUCCCAACACACCUCCACCCAGACACGUGCUCCACAGGCGCCCAAACACUACUGUUACCCCAUGGAUCUCAACCUAUCAGCGGGCCCGGUGGACAGUACACUAGAACCAGACCACAUAGAUGUGAUAUAGUGACAGUUUAGCAUGCUUUAUGUCACAUUUUACCAC